CCUAGCAGCAGUUUUACUGUAGUGGGAUUCACUGAAUUAACAGUGACAGCAAGGAAAAGAUUCUUCUGUAGUCUCUUGGGUGAUGCGUAGACAAAUAUCAUGGAAAACGGAUGCUUUCUGCAAACAGAUACUGCUGAGCUGAAGAAAUCCUGCCAUUUGCAGAACAACUUUCCUCAUGCUUUGUUUGUUGCGCAAGCAGAGUUUAAUGUUUGUCUACUUUUUUGGAGUUGUUUGUAUAUUGAAAUGACACCUCUUCAGGCAAACUAAAAGCUAAUGGCACUGACGAUAAAAAGUAUAAAGGAGAACGAUCUCCUUGUGACCCCUCCCGUGUCCUCCACAUCCGCAGAGUUCCCAUCGAAGUGUCCGAGGCAGAGGUCGUCUCACUAGGAGUCCCUUUCGGCAAAGUCACCAACCUGUUGUUGCUUAAAGGGAAAAACCAAGCUUUUAUAGAAAUGGCUUCUGAAGAAGCAGCAAUCACCAUGGUCAACUACUACACCACAGCCACACCCCAUGUCCGCAACCAACCCGUCUACAUCCAGUAUUCCAACCACCGUGAGCUCAAGACUGAUAAUCUGCCCAAUCAGGGGAGGGCUCAGGCUGCUCUGCAAGCUGUCAAUGCAGUGCAUUCUGGGAAUAUGACUCUCUCUGGGACUGCGACAGCCAGUGACGGUGGAAUGAUGCCGGGACAGAGUCCUGUGCUUCGUUUAAUCGUAGAGAAUCUCUACUACCCAGUGUCUCUAGAAGUGCUACACCAGAUCUUCUCCAAAUUUGGGACGGUCCUGAAGAUCAUUACCUUCACCAAGAACAACCAGUUCCAGGCCUUGCUACAAUAUGCAGAUCCAAUGAACGCACAUCACGCCAAAGUGGCUUUGGAUGGGCAGAACAUCUACAACGGCUGCUGCACUCUGCGUGUUGAAUUCUCCAAGCUGACCAGUCUGAAUGUGAAAUACAACAACGACAAGAGCAGGGACUUCACACGUCUAGACCUACCCUCAGGGGACGGGCAGCCCACGCUGGACCCCACCAUGCAGACCGCUUUUGGGGCUCCUGGGAUAAUUUCCUCUCCAUACCCCGGGGCGGCUGGUUUCGCCCCUGCUAUCGGUUUCCAUCAGGCAGGUCUGUCUAUGCAGACGAUGCCUGGUGCUCUGGGACAUCUCACCAUCCCUUCAUCAGCAAUGACAGGACGGAUGACCAUCCACGGCAUGGCCCCCACCGCCAUCCACUCUGUGCUCCUCGUCUCCAACCUCAACCCCGAGAGCAUAUCUCCACACGGGCUCUUCAUUUUAUUCGGAGUGUAUGGAGAUGUUCACCGAGUCAAGAUUCUGUUCAACAAGAAAGAGAAUGCUUUAAUACAGAUGGCAGACGCCACGCAAGCCCAGCUCGCCAUGAGCCAUUUGAACGGUCAGCGUCUGCAUGGUAAGGUGAUCCGUGUGACCAUCUCGAAGCACCAGACGGUGCAGCUCCCCAGGGAGGGUCAGGAGGACCAGGGCCUGACCAAAGACUUCAGUGGGAGCCCGCUGCACCGCUUCAAAAAGCCCGGCUCCAAGAACUUCCAGAACAUCUUCCCUCCCUCCGCCACCCUGCACCUCUCAAAUAUCCCUCCCUCCACUACGGAUGAUUUUCUGAAAGACCUGUUUGCCAGUUCUGGAUACACAGUCAAGGCCUUCAAGUUUUUCCAGAAGGACCGCAAGAUGGCGCUGAUCCAGCUGGGUUCGGUGGAAGAAGCCAUCCAGGCUCUUAUCGACCUCCACAACCAUGACCUGGGAGAAAACCACCAUCUGCGAGUGUCCUUCUCCAAAUCCACCAUCUAGCACCCCCUUCACUACAAACACACCCUGUCCCCAUCCUCCCCAUACCAGCCCUUCAACCUUCAGCAGUCUGACUGUAUCAUUCAGAGAAUAAGACUGACUGACAAACUCAAAAAAAAAAAACCAUUACAGAUAUUCAUGGGGUAGUUUUAGAGAUUUCCAAAUAGAAAAAAGAAAGAAAAAAGUAAAUAAGAGACUACUGCAGAACCUUUAGACAGUCUUGAGAGUGAGUUUAUUUUACUCUCACGAAACCAGGGCUGGAGACACAUGGGAUAUCCAUGACAAUAUGACGUUUCUGGGAAGUAGGACUCCCUCUUUAGUCGACUGGCGAGGAUUUGUUGGUGUGAAACGCAAACUAACAUGAGGUGAACAUUCUCAAAGAAGUCAAUGCUGAGGAAGUUUCUUCACCGCACACUUGCCGAUUACAUUGGAGACUGACGCUCCUGUAGCCCAAUGGCCUUGAUACCCCAGACCUAAGUGAGGGCGGAGUCUCCUCUGUGCCUCCCCCAAAAAACAACACCUUCAUUCUCAUUGGCUGUUUCAACGGAGCGCCCCAUUUCCCGUGGCAUGUGUUGAACGCACGGUCACUGUUUGAAUGUCGCUGACAUCAUCAUCAAGGUGCUGCUGGAAAUAAAAAAAUCUGUAGCGACGGCCUCGACCAAUGGGCUUGUCCUUUUUCUUCAGAGUAGCAUUAAAACAAGAGUGCUAUGGAUUCAAGAAUGAGUGCAUUUAAAAUUCGCAGCUGUUUCGGCUUACAGACCUUUUGUUUCUCGGCACUUUGAUUGCUUUGAAUUGAAGACAGGCACCGUGGGGAAUGUUUGGCAUCCUCAUAUCUGUUUACUGUGCAAAGAUGUAUAGCCAGAUGGUAGGCAUCUGUGAAUAGAUAGUGAAUGGCGUGAUUUGUUUUUUUCUUGUAUUAUGAAAAUUUUAUAUCGGACAGACCAGCCUCUUGUGGGCUCUCUGCACCUGCAAUGCUGUCAGAGAACAUCUGUGUGCAAUGGCCCGAUGUCAUUGUCCAGUCGAUGGGGUUCAUCUGAACCGAGGCGAACAUUUUCAAAAAUGCACGAUCAUUCCGGAAAACUUACGGCCAGCUGUCAACCUUACUGGAACGCUCCAAUCAGCAACGCCCAGCCUGAUAGUAGGCUCCGCCUCCUAAGUGAAAUUCUCAAUGUGAAUGGUAUAGCCCGUGAUCUUGAUGGGAAAUUGAUGAUUUCCUCCAUUCUGUUCCCCCUCUUGCUCUUAGUUGAAUCUUUUCCUUUCAUUCUUCUUGUUUUCCAUCUAUCCACACAGGGGCAGAAGGUUCUGUGCUCUUUACUUCGUUCUUUCACUCCUCGGCUCUGGCCACAGGUGUGAGAGUUUGCAGCCAUGGGCUCUGUAGAAACUGUAGUGAAGCCCAUUGAGUCACAGCAAAAAAAGAGGGCGGCACUCUCUUUUGCCUUGCAGUCCCACACUAAAUGCCUCUGCAUGUGACCAAACCAAAUAUUUAAGGAAAGAAUGAUAUGGAGACGCCACCUAGUUUCCAAAACCUAGCGAGUUGCUGCAUAGACAGCUGUCUUCUAAUGCAGCAUCCUAAUUGCCAUGAAAGCCCAUAAGUGACUAAUCUGAACUGACUGAUCUGCACAGGAAACUCGCCUCCAGUAGAGUCCAGACCAGAGGUUUUCUUCAAGAGGUGUAGAUGGUAAACUCUGAGUCUGUAUCAUUGGUGAAAAAUAAGGUCAGCUUAGACGAAUCUUGUAAGCCAAUCACACAAAGACCUUGUCAUCACGGAAAUACUUGCAACAGUCAAUAAUCAUUGAUGGAGACCAUCAAAAUCCUGUUAAUUUUUUGGCAGCAAGAUACAAAUAUAGCUCACACCAAAACUAGCAUUGCCUCCAUAGAUUCCAUUCAAAAAAUUGAUACAUUAUGAGUUUUGAGCAGCAUUUGAAGCCUGGCAUUGGUGGACUCAAUUGAUUUUAGUUCAGUUAGAUGUUAGCAUGUUGCGAAGCUGAUAAUGCAGUACAAAAGAAAAGAACCCAUUACUGUCUACGUUAGAGGCGGCACUAUUUCUGAUGUAAUCUGUGCUUUUGCGCUACUUCCGACAACAGGACAAAUUCUGAACGUUGGGUUUAUUUACUAUAGACAGUCUAGAGAUGUUGCAAUGCACUGCGCCAAACAUUGCACACUAUGUAAAUGUAAAAAUACAUAGAAAAUGCUCAAUAUUUACUUGUGCUUUAUGUUUAUACACAGACAUUGCAACAUUAGCUUUGCUACAUGCUAAUGUCAUACUCUUGAAUCAGUUGAUUUGGUAAAUUUGAGGGUAUUCGGCCUCAUACAAAACAUCAACACUGCAGUCAAAAUAAUUCAGUUUUAAUCAAACAAUUUUUUUUUUUUACCUUGAUUCCCCCACUAUCUUGAAUUAGCUUCCCAGUGCAUUCUGGGAAUACCUUAUCCACAAAGGAUACAUGCAGUGCUGCCUUAGAUUUUGGCCAAAAUUAGAUAUCAUAGAAGGCUGGAACAGCCUUUGUGCUGGGAGAAUGCCUGUGAUGCCUUAAAAUGUUGUCUAAGUAGACAGCUCACUAGGUUUUGGAACAUGGCAAUGGUGUGCACAUACAGAAGCUGAUUCUAUAUGUAUGUGUUUAGUUAGUACUAGUGCAUUAUUACCGGUUUUAUCAGGAGUCUCUUAUAUAUGAUGAUAUAUGAUGACUCCCUUGUGCAUACGAGCAAGGUGCUGUCUCAUUUAGUGAAAAUCUGGCCUUAACAUUCCAAGGAAGGUCACCGUAGACCUGUUGAGUAGCAUCUAAAGGGAGCAGCUUCUGUGCCUGUGCACUAUAUCCUCUUUUAAUGUCCGUUUGAGUCACAGUUAUGAAAUAAAUCAAGAAUCGUCCUGUUCAUGCAAGGCAAGGGACAGUGACUUUUUUUUUUGUCUUUGACUGAUGUCACCUGAAGCGAUUCAAAACUUCGCUUUCACUUCUCAAAAGAAAUUGAAUUUUGUUGAAGUUUACAGUCUCAAAGCAAAACUAUUCAGGUCUAUAUAUCUUAAGGAUUGUCAAGAUUUUUUGAGAAAAAAGAAGUUACUUAUUUUUGGUAAUUUGUUCUUUUUUAUGGAAGAGAAAAAAAUCAAAUUUGAAACCUCAUCGGGUUUUUGUACCACUAUAAUCAUUCAAGAAAUCAUGGUGAAAAGUAAAAAAAAAAAAAAAAAAAUCAUAUUUACUGUGUAUUUACCUAAUUUCUUAUUACGUGCCUUAUUAUGUGUUCAUAAUCAAAUAGGUUUUAGAAAUUUUACCUUAAAUAUCUUAUGUACUAUUUUGUGGGAUUGGUGAGAGGGUUGACUUAUUUUGAUCUUGAUUUUUAUUUUUUAUUUUUUUUGUUGUGUAGCUCUUAUAGAUGUGCAUUUUGUGGGGACUCAGUACCAUGUUGUCUUAAUAUGAUAUGAGAUGUAAGUUAUGAUGUAUGGUGCUGUGAAUGCUCUCAUUAGAAAAAAUGAACGGUGAGCUCAGCGAUGUUCAGAGCAUGCUGUGGGUCUCUAUUCUCCCUCGCUGAUGUGUGUGUGUGUGUGUGUGUGUGUGUGUACAUAUGUAUGCUAGACCCGCGUACCAUUGUUACAUAAAGCCUUUCUAGGCCAAAAAAAGUUCCUCGAUCUCUGAUAUAAAAAUUUCGCACUCGAAGACAGAGGUUGCUGUAAGCUUGCUUAUUGUUCUGAUUAAAUAGUAUGAAUUUGAGCUGUUAUGAGCACAUCUGUGAAGUUUUUGUUCUUUUCUAAGUGAUCACGCUUUUUUGCCAGAAGAAUGCUAAAAUGGCCAAAAAAAAAAAAUCGCAGUGAUUUACAUUAAAGCAGCCACCCAAGUUAUUCCUAGAGUAGUGGUCAGCCGAUAUAUCGGCCGAUAUUUGGCUUUUUUAUUUCUGUUUACCCGAUAUUUCAGAAGACUUUUAUUUUGAUGGAGUGCGGGACAUUUAUUCUGACAGCACUGAGACGUCAGUGCUUUAACGCACACAGCUCCCGUUCUCCAUCUUCAUUAGUUUACCAUCUCUGUUCAACAGUUCUGAAUAAUAAAUUAUGACACAGUACCACACUAAACAGUAUUAUAGCGUUUGCUUUUCUAUUAUUGGUAACAGAAAAGCGAAACACUAUAAUACUUCCUCAUCAAGUGUCAGCAAAUACACAUUUAAUUUAAACUAAAGUCUUUGAGUAUGCACUAUGCAGUAAAUUUUACUAACCUUGCAAAUUUGAUUGAAUUCAGCUGUUAGAUCCCAUGAAAUGUGCAUUUGUUGACUGCAUAAAAAAAUUACCAUCUAAUUAAAAGUAUUUAUUUUACAGAUUUAUUUUUUUAUUAAGUUAAUUUUUUCAUAUUUAUUAAUUUUCACAUUUUCAAAUUCAGUAAAUAUUAUGUAAAAUAAAUAUAAAUUUAAUUUUAGCAAUUGUUAUGCAUGUGUUUUUACUGUCUUUAAAUGAAAUAGUGCGGUGAUAUAUCGGCUUUAUAUCGGCCAUCAAAAAAAUCUAUAUGGGUCGACCACUAAUCUUGAGACUUGGAGGGGGGCUCUUUUUAUUUUGGGCCAGUAAGUAACCACCUAGCAACUACCGGAGCACCCUAGCAACCACAUAGCAACACAACAAAAUCACUCCGAACAUCUCAGCAACCAUAUAGUAACAUUCUGGCAACCUCCCACAAACCAUAAUGCGAUGCCAGUGAGUUUUUCCACAGGAAGGACCACUCAGAAAUCAAUAUCUGCCAGUGUGGACUAUAUCAUACAGUGUGAUCUGCUUGAUAUCAUCUCUGUUCUGUCUUUCUAAUAUGAUUACGAAACUCCUAAUACAUACGAUCAGUCUAAAUUUGCCUCAGAAUGAGCGCACAGAGACCCAGAAGCCCACAGCAUUCGCUCUAAGUGUUCAGGUCUGCCUUCAUCAUUUUGCUGUGGAGUGAUGCUGAAGUCUGAGACCUCCGCCUGUGUGUUUUGGAGUUGUAUCUUAUUUACUGUAUCUUAUAAUUGAUUCAUUUUAGGGGUUUUGGCCUGUUUUGUUCUUGCUCUGUUGUGAUACUUUUUGUUCUUUUUUUUUGGGUUUGUUGAUUUUCUUUAUUAAGAGUGUGAAAACUGGUUCAAGAUUGUUGUCUGUCACUCUGCCUCUUCACAACAGCAGAUCUGGGUCUGUAACGUCCACCGAUGUGUGCGAACGGGAAUGAGAGCGAUCGCUAGAGGUCAAGUCCAUCAGAAGUGCUCGGAUGGCGAAAUAUGCUGCGCAAGCGGCUCCAAUGCUUUUUAUUUAUCAACAGGAGAAAAGCCAGACUCCAUAAACAUGUCACAGAAGUCACAAGAAGUAAUUUGUUUUUGUUUCACGACGCGUAAAAAUUUUCCAACCACGUCUUGACUCAGGCAACAACGUUCCGCUGUGUUGUAAGACAUUUUCUUGUCGAUAUCCGCGCUCACUCGAACAGUUUCACACGUGUAUGGUUUUUUCCAGGUUUUUUACUGAAAAAGUCACAAAUAAUGCAGGACCAAAGUUUAUGUGCCUUUCAUCUAGCUUAUUUGUAACUUAUUUCCUGGCUGUAUAUCAGAAACCAACAAACUUCUUGUAUUUUCCACUCUCGAUCAUGUUACGAGUCUGUUCUGUUCGUUUCCCUCAGAAAGGUCAAGCCAUAUCCUUUCCCCCGUCAAACGAGACUCAUUUGCGAUUCUGAAUGUGUUACCGGGCCCUUAUGGAUUCAUUCAAACCGCCUUUCGCUUUCGGUAUUUCAUAAACUGCUCCGGAUAGACGCCACGAUCUGUAAAACGGAUAAGCGGUUACACUUUUUGCUGAUAUCGUCAUUGAUUCCAUUAAAAAGCUUUACUCUAAAACAUACGAGACCAUAACGACAAACUAACCAGUGAAACCAAAGGAUUUGAUUGAAUUGGAACUGAUGCAGCACUGUUCAGACUGAAAUAUUUUAUUGCUUUAUUAUGAUGCAAUUGACCCUUACGAUCUAAACUUUAAAUUUCAGCCAUAAUGCUUUCUAUUUUCUUCUCAUUACUAAAUUUAUGGGCUUUAAUUAUGCUAAUUGAACUGUCUAAUUUGCAUUAAAGGGAGGGGCUAGACUAAAUUAUCAAACUGAGGUGUCGCUCAAGCACAGCGCACAUACAGAAGUGCCUGAGUUGAUCUCAGGAUGCUCUGACACGCAACGAAAUACCUAAUUUAUAAUUUUUAUGAAUGUUUCACUACCAAAAUGAAACAAAUGCUGUACAUAUGUGUUCCCUUACUGUUUUAUUUUAUUUUAUUUUUUAACCUGGCCAAAAAAUGGUUUCGGGGAACAAGAUACACACACACACACCAAUAUGAACUGGUUUUUAUAUUUAUGGAAGUUAACAUGAAAACACAGUUUGUCUUCUGUAUUUUGAUAUCAUACCAGUACCAGCUUUCAUUUGUAAAGCCGUUUAUGUGACUUGUGGGAAUUGGGGAGAGACAUGAGCGUAUCCAGUUUAUGAGUUUGAUGUAAUAAAUGCAAAUAGAAGAUAAACUAUUAAAGAAACAUAUUUUCUAA